ACUUACAGGGGAGACAAAUGAAAAAUUCUCAAGCCAUGGAUGAAAAUCAGAAGAAAGAAGAAGAAAAUCCAAACCCAGAUUUAUAUGACUGGGGUUUGAAAGAUUUCGAUAUUGGUAUGCCCCUUGGUAAAGGAAAAUUUGGGAGAGUUUAUAUGGCCAGAGAAAAAAAGCAUCAGUAUGUUUGUGCACUGAAUCUAAUUUAUAGAUGCCAAGUAGAGAAAUACGAUUUACUUCCUCAACUCAAGAGAGAAAUGGAAAUACAGAGUACUUUAGAUCAUCCUUACAUUCUUAGUCUCUAUGGUUGGUUUGGUGAUGAUACAAGGAUUUUCUUGAUUCUUGAGUAUGCCCAUAAAGGUGAACUUUAUGGUUUACUUCGUGAAACUGGUCAUUUUACUGAGAAACAAGCUGCUACUUACAUUGCAAGCCUUGCGAAAGCAUUGUCGUACUGUCAUGAGAAGCAUAUCAUUCAUAGAGAUAUCAAGCCGGAGAAUUUGUUGCUUGAUCAUGAGGGUCGCCUGAAACUUGCAGACUUUGGAUGGUCUGUGCAGUCAAAAGAUAGGAGACAUACAAUGUGUGGAACCUUAGAUUACUUAGCACCAGAAAUGGCGGCGAACAAAGGUCAUGAUUGUUCUGUUGAUACCUGGACUGUGGGUGUACUGUGUUAUGAAUUCCUUUUCGGGGUUCCGCCAUUUGAAGCUGAGACGCAGAGUGAAACAUUGAAAAGGAUAAUGAAAAUUGAUUACAGCUUCCCUCUAACCCCUGAUGUAUCAGUGGAAGCUAAAGAUUUUAUUUGCUUCCUUUUUGGUGAAGGAUCCCUCUAAGAGACUUACACUGUCGAAGGUUUUAGUGCAUCCUUGGAUAAUCAAGAAUGCAGACCCAUCUGGUGUUUGCGAAAUAGAAGAUGUUAAGUAAUGUACUAUCAGAGUCAC